AAUUUCGUAAUUGAAAAUUAUAAUAAUAGAAGAAAUAUGAAAAUAAAUUUCUUAUCAAUGACAUUUCCACCUGUCUUAUUUGGUAUUACUUUUGAUUAUUGGACAAUUAUCCAUCCAUUAGUACAAUGUUUUCUAAGAUCUAUAGUAUUAUUUGCUUAUUUAGUAACAUAUCCAGUUAUUAAAAUGCGAUUAAAAAAACGUCAAUAUUGUCCUCCUGUAACAAAUGAUAUAUUAUUUUGGUCAGCUACUCAAAUUGCUGACAAAAUUCGUACCAAACAGAUCAGUAGCGAGGAAGUUGUAUUGGCAUUUAUUGCUCGUUGUAAGGAAGUCAAUCCUAUAUUGAAUGCCAUUGUAGAAAAUAAUUUUGAAAAAGCAAUAACACAAGCUCGCAUUGUAGAUCAAUUUUUAAAAAAUACUACUAUUAGUGAGAUGAAUCUUGAACAGGAUAUGCCAUUACUUGGAGUUCCCGUAACAGUUAAAGCGAGUAUUGCUGUUAAAGAUUUUUGUUUCGCUGUUGGAGAGGUAAGUCAAAAACACGUCAAGGCCACAAACGAUGCACCCGCAGUAGCAAAUCUUCGUCGAGACGGUGCCAUUAUUUUGUUAACGAGCAAUGUACCGGAAUACUGUAUGUCCUUUGAAACUAUGAACAAUAUCACUGGUAGAACAUUGAAUCCUUAUGAUACAGAAAGAACACCAGGUGGUUCGUCAGGUGGCGAGAGUGCACUUAUAAGUAGUGCUGCUUCUGUGAUUGGUGUUGCAUCUGAUGUGGGGGGAUCAGCAAGAUUGCCUGCUAUGUUUUGCGGUAUUUUUGGUCACAAACCAUCAUGUAAUUGGGUUUCAUCGGUGGGUCAUAAACCAGUUGCACGAAGCAAAAAAUGGGAAUCUAUUUUUACGAUUUCCGUAAUGACGAGAUACGCUGUUGAUAUUCCUCUAAUACUGAAAAGUAUUGCAACAAAUGAGGAAUGCAAAGAAUAUCUUAACACCAAGGUAGAUAUAAACAAAAUGAAUGUUUAUUAUAUCACUGAUGAAUACUCAUCGAUAUUGUGUUUACCAAUUGAUGAAGAAAUUAAAGUUGCUAUUAGAAAUGUUGCAGAACAUUUAAAUUCGACUUUCGGCUGUCCAAUUAAACAAUUGAAAUUACAAAAUAUGAAGUAUGUGAUUGAAAUAGUAGCCGCUAUGGUUUUUAAAGUAGCUGAUGUGGAAACCAUUUUUAAUAUAGGAGAUGGUUCAAAGCCAUGGAAAAGUGUAUUCAUCGUUCUGCUGAAACGAUUAUUUAGACUUAAUUUACAUACAUGGCCAUGCAUAAUCUACGGAUUUUUCUUGAAAAGCUUACAACUAGUGCCAUCGUGGUAUCAUAAAGCUGUUACGAAAAAGCGUGAUAUACUUAAGAAAGAAUUGGAAGAAAUUUUAGGUUCGAAUUCUGUUUUGAUUUUACCAACUUUUAAUUCAUGUGCUCAUUAUCAUUCAGAAAUAUACGCCAAGGUCUUGAAUAUUGGUUAUAUGGCUAUUUUUAAUGAGUUGGGUUUUCCUGUCACACAAUGUCCAGUGGGUUUAAAUAAAAAGGGUUUACCUAUAGGUUUACAGUUGGUUGCUAAUGAUAAAUGCGAUAAUUUAACAAUCACAUUGGCUAAAGAGAUUGAAAAAAAAUUCGGUGGUUGGCAAUUACCACCAAGUAAUAUAAAGAAAAAUAAUGGUACCGAGCUUGAUAAUGGUUAUACUCAUUCAAAUUCCGAAAUUACCAAGAAGAUGAUUGAAAUAUCGUUGACAAAUAAUAUCAAAUAAUAACAAAGAUGCUGUAGUAUAGAUUUUAGAAAAUAUUGUUAAAUAUUAUAAUUGUCAUGUUAUUUUAUAAUAAUUGUUUCUCUUUAUUUACAGACAUUUAUUUUCUUUUAUACUAAUAAAUUUGCACAUCAAAAUGUGCAUAGACUUAAGAUUUCUAUUGCGUAAAAAUUU